GAGUUGUCGUUAGUUAGGUACUCCCAAAAAUAAAAAACAAAUUUCAAUUAAAAAAAGAAAAUAAAAAAGAGAGAAGAAGUAGUCUGGUCUGGUCUGGUCUGGUGAGUUCUCCAUUCUUAUUAUCACUAAUAAAACACACAGCUCAUACAUUCGUAUUCGAAUCCCUAAACGAUGUCGAAGCCAAACGACACGAAAGACCAAAGCCACGUCGGAUCUCCGAAAUUGGAGCCAUCGGCUCCACCUGCGUCUGCUGACGUGGAGAAUCCGAGGGCGGCGGAGGAGGGAGUCGGAGUGAGCGGGGUUCUACGGCGGUGGAAGAGGGAGGACCUGUUGAGAAGAGGGUCUCUCGCGCUUAGAGGAUUGGCCUUUCUCUUCUCUCUCUUGUCUUUCAUUAUCAUGGCCACUAAUAAACACGGCGAUUGGAAAAAUUUUGAUCGAUACGAAGAAUACAGGUAUGUAUUGGCAAUAUCAAUUUUGUCAACGUUGUACACCGGAGCUCAAGCCUUGAUUAAGGUCCAAGAACUCUCCACCGGAAAAUUCAUGUUUCAGCAAUCCACUUCGUCAUUGUUCGACUUUUGUGGUGAUCAGAUUGCAGCAUACCUGUUGUUAUCAGCAGCUUCAUCAGCAGUGCCAUUGACAAACAGUAUGAGAGAAUCACAAGACAACAUAUUCACAGACUCUUCAGCUUCUUCCAUUAGCAUGGCCUUCCUUGCCUUCUUCACUUUGGCCUUAUCAGCUCUCGUUUCUGGUUACAAAUUAUCCAAUCAAUCUUAUAUUUAAUUUUUUCAAUUUCAUUUUCAUCUCAUACCAUAUUUUUAUUUUUUUACAUAGAGUAUAUUCUUGUGUUGUAUUUGAGGAAUAGGGUGUGGGGUUUUCAUGACCAUUCAUGUCAUUGUGAAUUUUGUAUUUAUAUUUAUUUUUUAAAUCAUAAUAAGUUUUGGUUGUAAGUGGUCUCUCUUAUGUAAUUUUAUUCAACAAUUGAGCAAAAUAAGAAAAAAGAAAAAGAGAAAGGUACUUGGUGUA